GUAUUUUGGGGCAGCGUACUUUCUUCUGUCCAGGCUAACGUUUAGGUUGCCUGAACAGCGUUGACCAAUCAAAAUCACCCCAGUUUCUUCGCGGUUAUCGUUCAAAUGUUUUGAGCACUAUUUAAAUAGUCUACUGACGUUACAGAGACGGGUUCGUUAAAAUAUAGAAAGAAUCUCGGAUUAUAAUUUAUAUAGGUUAUAGACAUACGUGAAGACGGAGAAGCACUUCCACUGCAUUAAAGGAAACGAAGUAACAAUGGCGGAUGGCGAGGCAGAGUGGGAGUUAUGCAAAGAGAACAUCCAGCCACUGAGACAUGGCCGAGCCAUCUCAGUCCUACAUCAAGCACUCUGCCGGCAGCAGGAUGGGUCCAGUACUGCUCUGCACCAACAAAAACAGGCAUUUGAGUCAGAGCUGCGCAUGUAUACAGGAGAUGACCCUCUUGAUGUUUGGUACAGGUACAUAAAAUGGACAGAACAGACUUAUCCACAGGGAGGAAAGGACAGCAGCUUAACUAUUCUUUUGGAAAGAGCAGUAAUGAAGUUCACAGAAGAAAAGAGAUAUCACAAUGAUGUCCGUUAUAUUGAUCUUUGGAUCAGAUUUGCUGAAGGCUGUUCUGACCCUCUGGAUAUCUACCGGUACAUGCAAGCUCAGGGAAUUGGGACAAUGCAAGCAUCGUUCUACAUUGCGUGGUCUGAAGAAUAUGAGAAAAGGGGAAAUGCAUGGAUGGCUGACAGUAUAUUCCAAGAUGGUUUAAAAUGUGGGGCUGAACCUUUGGAUAGACUCCAGCAGUUUCACAAGGCUUUGCAGGCACGUGUGUGCAGGCAGAUGAUUACAUCAGUAGCUGAUGAGAAACGAGAUGAAGAACUUCCAGAGCCUCAGAGGAUUUCCCUGGUGGAACUUAGCCAAGGGGAAAAGAAAAGCGUUGCUCCUGUUAAUAGGGUGGCUGGCUCCAUUGCUGUAAGUACCCGGGGUUUGCUCUUUAGGCAACCUCUUGGGGCAGGCCAGAACAGUCAACUGAUGAUAUUUGAUGAAAAUAAGGAAUGCCUUGAGCCUCAGGAACCUAAGAUAGAAAGAUGGAUGGCCCCUCCCACUGCUAAGGCCAAGGAGAACGAACAGAAACCUGAUAAAUGGACCAAUGUUAAGUUGCCCCAGAAGUCCAGGUUUGGCCACACUACAGUGGUUCCACCACCAAAGCCAAAUUUCCAGCCAUUUGUGGAGGAGAAUGAUCAGCCUCCUGCAGUGACCCCAUGCAAGAUCAACCCUGCAGUGAACCCAGUGCUGUCGGCUAGGAAACCACGGCAGGAGGAACAGACUCCACUCAAGAGGCUGCAGGAGCACAUGCAGCUGCAGCAGGAAGACGAGGCCCAGGGCAGAGAGAAGAUCAUGUACUGCAUGGAUCUGCUCUACAGCGGUGCCACCGAGUUCUCCUUUGAAGAGCUGCGUGCUGAGCGCCACCGGCUGAGGCAAGCCCCAAGGCUGGAUGCUGUCAGCAGCAGCCAGUCCAGUCAAACGGACUGACAAGUGAAGAGACUGAAAAGGGAGGAAAGCGUGGCUAAGGAUGUUGAUUCUGAAUGUGUUGAUUGAGACGCUAAAGUGGGGUGGGACUUGGUGUUAGGUGCAUGUGCUGUGUGCAUGUUUUGUCUUGUAACUAGUUGUUCCUAAAGGUUUAAUCUGAUUUAUGCAUCUAAAUUUGGCAGUGGUUAAGUUGUUGCUUUAUUGCCUGAAACUUGCAGAGGAAGUUCCCUCGUGCUAUUGACUGUUGCUGUAGUAGUCAUAGGCAAUAUUUCUGUAUAUUCUUGGUCACCAUGUUCAAAAUAUGCUAUUUGAUAAUGGGCAUUCAAUUCUACUGUGCUCUGUACCUAUCCCUGUGUUUGUACAUAUUUUUUGUUGUGGUCACUGCCUUGAGACUAGCUGAACGAACAUUUUCACUGUAUUGUGAGUUUUGCACACUGUUGUAACAACAGUUAAGUGUAAAAAAUGUGUUUAAGUGUAUGGCUUUUGCCAUUAGGAGGGAAGCAAAUGUGGUCUGAAACAUAUUUAACAGCACCCUGUACCUCAGGCAGGAUUGGCCCAUGUGUGAACUGACUUAUUCUUUGUAAUAAAUUGAGACACUUUUU